AUGUCCCCCAAGAAGCACGUCGUCUUCGACGUCGUCGGCACCUGCGUCUCCUUCGAUGCCUUCUACGCCGGAAUUGACCGCGUCAUCGGCCCCAAGCUCCUCAAAAACAACAUAACCGCCCGCUCCUUCGGUUUCACCUGGAUGACAGCUGCAGAGCUAGAAUUCACCUUCCUCUCCAUCUCCGAGCGCUACAAGCCCUACAAAGAAAUCAUCCGCGCUCUGUUCUUCCGCACACUCUACAUGAUGGGUAUUGAGGAUCCCCGAUCCUUCGCAACAGAGACCGAGCGCGAAGAGUGCGCACAGGCAUACUCGGAAUUGGAACUGCGCCCUGGUACAAAGGAGUGCUUUGCUACGCUCCGAGAGGCCGGGUUCACCGUUUGGUGCCUUACCACUGGUGAUGCGGUUCGGGUUCGCGGUUACUUCGAGCGGGCUGGUUUAGAUAUGCCGUUGGAGAACUUUAUUACCUGUGAUACAUCUGGUGUGGCGAAGCCGGCGCUUGAUGCUUACCGGCCUGCGUUGAAGAAGUUUGGGGAGGAUGAUGUUAAGUGGUUUGCGGCUGCUCAUAUGUGGGAUGUUACUGCUGCUGUUAAGGUUGGGUUUAGGGGGGCUUAUUGUACUGUUUAUGAGAAGGAGUCUUGUGCUGAGAUCUUUGACGCUAAUUUGGAUGUUAUGGAGGAUAGUUUGUUGGAGAUGGCACAGAAGAUUGUGGCCGCUUCAUCGUGA